UGGUCUCUUUUACUCCUAGAACUGUUAUCAUCUUUGAAAUGACUUCUCAAAGUAAUAAGGUCGUUCUAAAACGUUCUUCCGUUGAUGUCCUAUUGGAUCAUAAACCGUCAUCUGAAAUAAAAGAUGACCACACGACUUGUAUUGGUAAAUCUGAAAACCUAUCAACGCUGGGAGAUGAAGAAAAACAACUAGACAAUGAUAAUUUGCAACGAACUCGUUCUAUCUUUUCUAUCAAACAAAACAUUCGUCGACCAAUAGUUAUUGACGGAUUGAUUAUAAACAAAACGUCGGUAGGUACCAUAAAGGAAUUAGAUACUAUACAGGAAUUAGGUACUAUACAGGAAUUAGUUACUAUACAGGAAUUAGAUACUAUACAGGAAUUAGAUACUAUACAGAAAUUAGGCAACGAUACAGUAGUUGAUGCAAGUUUAAAUGAUUCUUUUAUUUCUGAACAAAAUUCUUAUUUCGAAGGCAAGAAAAUAGGAAAAAGUGAAACUAGUGCCGCCAGCUAUUACGUUGGCUGUAUUGAAUGUGUUAAAGCAAUACCUGUUUUCAACUCUGAGGAAAUUGAUGAAGGUGAUCACAUUGUUUUUGCAGGCAUGAUAUAUGAUCAUCAUGCGAUAGUUGUUAAAAAGCUACAGGACGAAACGUUUGAAAUAGUAGAGGCUACAAAUACAGGUAUUGGGGUUGCUACAGGUGUGUUCCUUUGCAGAAAAGCUCUCAUUAAGUCAUCAGUCAAAUCCUUUAAUUUUGCAACAGACAAUCUUCAUGUUGUGGUCUACAAUUUCAGGAAACAUUCCAAAAAAGCUACAGCUGAAUGUGCUAGGAAUUAUUGUGAUGAAACGGCAAAGGGAACAACAUAUAAGUAUAACCUUCUCGAUAACAAUUGCGAACAUUUUGCAACAUUCUGCGUCACAGGAAAACAAUUUAGUAUCCAGGUAACGAAAUUAAGAUUAACCUCUCGUCUUUUUUUUAAAAGUGGCUUUCAAGGGAUAAGUAAUGAAAUGAAACGAAAUGAAAAAGAAUUCGAAAAUGGGAUCAUCUGCGAACAAUGUUUCAAUAUUAACAAAACGUUAUUAGACGUAAAAUUACGACCUAUAAAGAAAGCUGAAGAUGUACAGAAAGGGGACAUAAUUAGGUACAGUUAUUGGCACUUGUGGCACGAAGCUGUUGUCUUAAGCAUAGAAGAUGAUAAUAAAUCCUAUCUUAAAUGCUACAUUGCUCAUUAUGCGUUUUGUGGACUCUUUUCAUAUAGGACAAUUAUUAAAGAAGAACUGAAAAUACAUUUUGAUGGCACAUUUACUAUGUUGGAAUACGGACCUCCAAAAUACGACACAUAUGACCCGGAUGUUGUCGUAAAUAGAGCACACAAGAGAAUAGGGGAACAACUGUUUGUUUUCUUUUCAAAUGACUCAAGUCAUUUUGCUCGGUGGUGUAAACUGAAACUAAAGAAGGAAUGAUCAGAUGACUUACAUAAAUGGAACUAGAUAAAAGACAGAAGGUAGAAUAUUGAGUAAACUAUGUGAAUCAAAAUCCCAUGUCAACCAAAAUAUAAGAAACCAAUUUGUAUAGGUUAUUAUAAGCUUGACAGAAAGAGACGAAGAUGAUUUAUUAAAAAAAAAUCAUCUGGGCAACAUAAACAAAAUACAAUAUUUUUUUAUCAUUGUCUAUUGUAUAUAUCACCUUGCAUUAAUGCAUCUCUGACUACUACUCUAAGUACAAAUUUUAGAAUAUCUGUUUGUUUGUUCUUGAAUUAGAAGUUUUGUUAUGAUUGGAAAUUCAUCUUUGCACAUCUAAAUUGUUACGUUAUAUAUGCUAUCAAAAAUACGCCAAUCUAUGGAUAUAUAUAUAUAUAUAUAUAUAUAUAACUAAAAUAAUUUAACGGACAUACAGUUUGUAUUGGCCGUCAAAGCAGUCAAUAAUGAUGUAGUGGUAUGACAUAAAUACAACACGAAAGAAUGACAUUAUGAUUUUUUUACAGUCAUGACCGUCCGCUCCAUAGAGAGUCAAAAAGUAAUCAAACAUGUCACUGCCACAUUUUACGGCAUGCUUUGAAUGUAAAAGUCAUUCUUUUAACGGUUAUAUAACAGUCAAAUGUCAGCAUCUUGUAGGAUAACUUUUAACUAAAAUAAAAGAACUUGUUAAUAACUUUUGUAAUACUUAGUAAAGCAUAUGAAAAUAAUUGAAUUAAUUAUUUGUAUGAUAGUAAAUAACUGGAUGUUUUAGAUAAAUUAUGUGCUUUGUGUCAUAUCGAACGGAAAUUUGAUGUUUUGGAAUCAAUCGAAAGCCUAGGCGUUUUUAUUAUGAUUAGAACACUGUUAGAAAACAUAUAUUUCAUUGAUCAAUCAAACAUUGAUUUCUAUCGUCCCCCAGAUAAAUUAACCUUCAUCUUACGUAAUUAAUAGUUAACAUAUGUUUCUCUUUAAACUAUAGUUUCUAUCAUUUUCAUUUUUAUCUUUUUAAAUAAUAUUUUAUGUCGUGAUAUUUACCGAUUCUUUUUUAAAUAUCAGAAUUAUUUUCCAUUACUGUGGACUCAUUAAUAUUCGUGGGAUACCAAUUUUCGUUGAUUUCGUGGGUUAAGGUAAACCACGAAUUAAGAUGUUCAACGAAGUACCAAUUAUCUAUAGGAUUGUAUGCAGACUUUGGCAAACCACGAAAUCAAAUAUCCACAAAAAUACAAUUUUUCCCCAAUCCACGAAAAUUGGUACCCACGAAUAUAAAUGAAUCCACAGUAUUAUGUUUAAUAGAUCAUUUGCUAAUCGUUUAGAUCACUACUCUCAGUAGAAAUCUCUAAACCGUAUCUGUUUAUUAAGAUAUGAUUUUAAUAUAUAUAAAUUUGUACUUAACAACUCAAUUAUAAAAUAAAGUUUUCCUAUCCCCUUUUAUUUUCAUUUACACCAAGACGUCGUUAAAUGAAAUUUGGUACCCUGCAUUUAUUAUGCUUUUCAGUAACAUAUGGUCAAAUUGCCGAAAGACCCCCUCCUUAAUUAUUGAAAACUAUCAUUCUGAAUUGACAAUAAUAGGUGCAUCUAAUACGUGUGUUGUGGCAAUGUCAUAUAGUCUGCAUGGUGUAGUUCUCUAACCUUUUGUUAUAGUUUUACACAUAAUACAUCGUUGAUCAUAUAUAUUUUAUUUGUUACAUUUAUGGAAUUAAACAUGUCAUUCUUUA